AUGCCGUCAACAAUGCCAACCAACAGCGCGACAGCCACCCGAGCCUGGAGCAUAUACAUAAUUGUAUUCCUGAUGCUCAUGGUCUUCUCAAUGACCUUUGGCGCCUCCAUGGUGCAGGUUUCCGUCCAAGCAUACCUGCGAGAAUCCGUCUGCCGGCAACUCUACGGCUUGCCCCAGAAAGUUCCCAUCGACCACGGUCUAUGUCACGCCGACGCCGUUAACAAGGAGUUCGAGUGGACCGAGGUCGUCGUCCUGGUCUGCCAGUCCGCCGGCGGCCUCCUGUCCGCCUACACCAUGGGCAAAUGGGCCGACGUCAAUGGCCGGCGCGGGGCUUUUGUCUUGAGUGCCUGCCUCUGGGGCCUCUUCUCCGGCAUCCUCAUCACAACUAUUCAGACUUCAUCACGCGGCGUCCUGUGUUUCCUCUUCUUCGUCAUCGGCGCUGGGAAGACGUCCGCCGAGGUCGCCGUCUUGACUAUGACGAGCGACACCACAAACGACCAGCAGCGCUCGAAACACUUUGGCCUCGUGGUGUCUUCCGCCCUUGCCGGGCUUGUGGUCUCGAACGUCAUCCACAGAUAUGCUCCCCCCUUGGCCCUCGAAUAUUCGGCUGUGAUCGGCUGCGUCGCCUUCUGUGUCGGCACCUGCUUCAUUGUGGCGGUUCCCGAGCCCCUACGCACGCAGCUCGAGGACUUUGGAGGCGAGCCUCCCCCGGAGAUCCUCCCAGCCAACCAGGCCACCAGGCCGCUGCACCGCGUUCUCUCCGCCCUGAACACUUUCCGCGCCAUGCUCCUCCUUACCACCCUCGGCCUCGUCCUCGCGUUGGCGAGGACGGCACCGCCUUCCCUCGACGUCUACUUCGUCGCCAGGUAUAGCACGAUCAUCCACUUACCCUCCACAACGACCCUCCGCGGCGACGUCGUGAGCUACUGGGCACCGCUCAUCGCCAUCGUCCUCAUCACCUGCCUCCUUCUCCCCUCCAUCUACGGCUGCUGCUCCUCAUACCGCCGACGUGUCCCGGGCGACCGCAUCGCGCUGCGGGACUACCGCCACCUCCUGCUCUCGUCGGGCCUGGUCGUCCUCACCAGCGCCGCCGCUCUGUACAGACACUACCUCUUCUUUCUCGUCGGCACCCUCUCCGCCGCGGCCCUCGCGGCGACCAUCCCGGGCCAGUGCUGCUCCCUGAUGCUGUACGGGCUCGGCGUGGCCGUGCGCUCAAAGUACGCCGGCCGGCUGUUUGGCCUCGCGGCGACGGCGGAGUGCGCGGCGACGCUGGUGCUCGGCCCGGCGAUCGGUCUCGUCACGCGGGACUCGCGCUGGGGCGGUCUCGCGGCAGCGAUGGUCUUCUCUGCUUCGGUUGUCGUCUUUGGGGCCGUGUGGCGUGCCCAGGCGGUUUGUGAGGCUCCGACGUACGAGCGGCCCGGCGCCGGGGGCGGUGGCGUAGAGGCUGGGAUCGAGCUUUUGGAUGUGGGAGGACUUGCGGCGCCUCCUCCGACGUAUGCUGCUCACCAGGAAGAUCGCCCUGCUCCGAUGCCGAUACCGGUACCGAUAAUACGUUAG